AUAUAUAGACAGUCCCCUUAUGGAAAUUUCUGUGAUAUUUUAAUAUGUCCUUAUCCAUACAAACAAAGUUCUGGGUCCCUUGUUCUAAUGCUGAGAGUUUUGAUGCUAAUCAGAGUAGCUCCCAUGUAGAGAUUUGAUUCACUUCAGAGAAGCAAAGAAUGCUCUAAAAAUGAUAAUACACUGUAACUACUUCAUUGUAAUUGGAGGCUGUCUCUGCUUCACAGAAAUUACCAGGCAAGCAUUAUUGAAAAUGCCAGAAUUUUCAAGUUAGUUCUAUUUGAAAUGGGAGAACAAGAAUGUGAGGGGAUGGAUAGAAAAUUUGAGGGCUGUGUGAUUCAAACUUGAAGUGGAGUUUGUAAUAGCAAAAGAUGUCUUGGGGUGAUUUUAUGUUAAUACUGUAUUUCCCUAUCAUUUGCUUUAUGCCCAGAAAUGGGUCCCGCAGCUUUAAGCUGGGUCCGAGGAAGAGGGGGGAGAGAAGCCAGGCGAAUUCUUCAGUGUGAUUGGUGUUCAAGGACUCACACACUCCCCCACGUUCUCACCACUGCAGAGCUGAGGGAGCACCUUCCUGCUUUUUAGCUAGCCUGUUGGCUGAGGCCAGAAAUUUUCCCAUACUGGCAUACUGAAAUCCUCCAGUAAUUUCUUCUUCUGGAACUAUUCGGCCUAGCUGUGAUCCAAGAACCAGAUCAUCGGACCCCAUGGACCAGCGCGGAGACUGCGGGGACAUCGCAUCCCAGCACCAGGCCUUGGGAGGGGCUGAGCCAGCUACAGAGGGAGCGCUAAAUCCACCAGCUUCCUCUGCAUCGAGGAGGUUUAAUAUUUUAACAGUUAUUUAUUUUUCUUGUGCCCUGCUGGCACUUUGUUAAAUAAAUAGUUUCUUUCACUUUCCUCCAAGAAAUUCCUUUUGUAUUGGUAGGGGAAGGACUACUGAAACCUGCCUUCUGUGGAGGAGAUGUUCCUUCCAGAGCAUUUCCCCCUAAACUUGUCUCAAACCGAGAUAGAAGAUGAUCAACUUUGGGGCUGGAGAAAUCAUCCUCUAAAUCUUUUUCUAAAUGAUAGGAUGCAUAAACAGAUCUACUUAUUCUACAUGUGCUGUUACUUUAAUAAGAGGUACCGCUUUAAGAAAUGAAAGGCUUUGGAUUAUUGCCAAAUGUCUUAGUUUUAUUUAUUGUCUAAAGGUGGGAUUUUUUCAUUAUCUACAGUUUGUUGGAUAGUUGAAUAAUUUGCAGGAAUCUGUUUCAUACCAGACUGCAAACUCUGUAUUUAUCUUCUUUCAAUGUUUGCAUUGCAAAUACAGGCAUGAUAAGAUUUCCUGUUGGUGUUCUAACUGUAUCAGGACUUGGCAAUUGUUCUGCUACUAAUCUCACAAUGCGCAUUUGUGUCUAUAUUGAAAUUAAUUGGAAAACUGUAUCAGGAAGUAUUGCUCUUCAACUAUUUUAUGUAUAAAUGUGGAGGGGUUGGUCAGAGAGAUGGAGAGAGAGUAGAUGCUGUAAAUACAGAGUGCUGAUGAAUACUCAAGUAGUAAAUAGAAAUAUCUUAAAAGUCAUUUCUGACAGUAAUAAAGGCAGAAAUUUGAUUUCAUCUGUGGAUAGUAAACGUAUUUCACAUUACAAUGUAAGUGGUACUUAUAUUAAUAUUUAUUAGUACUUAUUGAUGUUAGGGUUUAGUUGUUCUCUUUUCCUCACAUCACAGCCAUUUUAUAAAAAUUCAAGUUAAAUUGCUACACAACAAGCAAUUAAAAGUGUUUGUGUGUGUGUGAGAGAGAGAGAGAAGAAAGUAAUCUGUGUGUGGAGAUAUUCCUAUAGAGAAGGACAGACCCUCCCUGAUGAGGAAUCUAGAGAGUUUUGCUCAAAGUGAUGGAGUUCUGUUUGCACUUGUUAAAGAUGUAGCUCUUUGAAUGCAUAUUUCAACCCACAGGCACUGUUGUGCUGUUCAUAUCAGGGUGGUUUGCAUGGGUUUCCUGCCUUUUAACAGGGUGUUUGUGUAUCUCUUCUUUUGACUGUGGGCAGUGCCUCUUCAGGAACGAGAUUGUGCACUAUGUUCAAUGGCCUUUUUAUGUGACGUGAAGGAUUGCCAACUUGGAGGAUAAUGUGAGUCAUAAAGUGCCUGAUCCAAAUUUAACCAAAUUUGUUCAUCUCUAAAUUUAGAGCUGAAUGGCAAGACGGAUAUAUUUCAAUUUCCAUCAGUGACAAGGACAGUGUUGGCGGAUGCCUAUUAACAGCUAUAGUGUGUGUUUUUGAUACUCAUAUAUGUGUGUAUGGGUGGGAAAAGACUAGUUGCUUUUACUUAUCAUGAGCCUGUUUCUUCUUUGACCACUUUUAAAUCACUCUUGGGCUUGAUGUUCCUUCCAUGAAGAUAAUUCUUGUGCAGAAGGUGUGCUGUGGUCUUGAGUCACGUUUUUGCCCUCUUGAGUAGAAAGACUUGUAUUGGACUUGGAUUUUUGUCAUUAUGAAAACUGAAAUAGAGACCCUUUUAAAAUAAGACAGGUACCAGGCAAGACUUUGGGAACUAUCACUGCAGUGCCCAUUAAAGUUCCUCAGGUCAGCUCCUUGCAGAGGUUGGCAGGACAAGGACCAGCAGUGCUACCUCAGGUUAGGCCAAAGACCCUGAUUCCAGACAGCCUCCCAAUCUCCCCAUGCAGAGACCAACCUUCCAAGCAGCCUCCCACCUUCCAGAAGGCAACCAUACUCUUUCAUCCCCUCUGAGUGGUGCUGGUGUGGCCUAUGCCAUCAUUUCCACCUCCCCCAGCAAUGCAGCUCCGAUCAGCACCAGUGCCACAGUCUCAGUGGUCAACGACAGCAUUAAAGUGCAACCGCUUCUCAUCAGUGCUGACAGCAAGGUUAUCAUUAUUCAACCUCAAAUCCAAACCCAGACAGAAAGUAAAGUGGAGACAAAGAAACCUCCUGAAGAGUCAGCUCAGGGACUGCCUGCUACCAAAAAGAAAAAGGAGCAAAAUCCAGAGAAAAUUGCCUUCAUGGUAGCACUAGGACUGGUUACAACAGAACAUUUGGAAGAAAUCCAGAGCAAGCGUCAGGAAAGAAAGAGAAGAAGCACAGCAAAUCCAGCCUACAGUGGACUCUUGGAAACAGAGCGGAAACGCCUUGCAUCGAAUUGUUUGAAUAACCCUUUGUUCCUUUCAACGAGAGCAAAUGAGGAUCCAUUCUGGAAGAAUGAGAUUCACCACGAUGAACACUGCACUGCUUGCAAGCAUGGAGUUAACUUGCAGCCCUGUGGCACAUGUCCUAGAGCAUAUCACCUCAACUGCUUGGACCCACCCCUCAAAACUGCCCCCAAAGGGGUCUGGGUCUGCCCAAAGUGCCAACAGAAGGUGUUAAAGAAAGAUGACAAUGUGCCAUGGACUGGAACUCUGGCUAUUGUUCACUCCUAUGUUACUCAUAAAACAGUCAAAGAAGAAGAGAAGCGAAAGUUGCUAAAGAGAAGCAGUGAGCUGAAGAGUGAGCAUAGACAGUUAGAAGAAAAAGAUCGACUUCUCAACAAUGCAAUGAAGAAGUGCUUAGAGCUGAAAACCAGCCUGUUGGCCCAGCAGAAAGGGACUCAGUCAUCACUGGAACGUCUCAAAACCCUCAUUAGACUGAUACAAAAUGAGCAGAUGAUUCAGGUUACCAUGACGACGACCACCACCACCUCUCUGCUAUCCAUCCCUUGGAUAAAACCCUCCCCUGCCUCCGCUGCCAUGCACAAAGCCUUGCAGCCAUCACAGGGUAACAACUGACAAAGAGUCGGCUGUGCGAGGUCUAAGGAAGGGGGGACGAGAAACUUUAUGCACGUGAGCAUAGGAGAGAUGAAACUGGAACCAAGACAAGAAGAAGCAAUCUCAGUUUUGAUACACUUAGAGACUUGCAGACCAGUCAGGCCAAUUUGUAGGUCACUGUGGCAGCGGGUUCCCACAGAGCAGGUUGUGCUGCGGUUUUGUAUUUGCCAAGACCUUCAGUGCUUAUGACAUUUUGUUUUGUUGUGUUGGCCUUAAUGUAUUUAUGACUGAGGAUGAACAGGAAAAGCAUGGCCAAUAGGAAGCGGGAUAGCCUUUUGUGGUGGCAGACAGGCUUUCUGUUCUAAGCAGAAAGGGGUUAGUAAGGUAUUAGAGAAGUAGUUGGGCUGAAAGCUAUUUGUGUGUGGGGUAUUCAGUGAGGUAACCAGAAACUGAGCUACUUAGGACUUGACAUGGAUUGUUUUCAGAGGAACAAGUUUGGUCCCAUUGAUUCAGGUGACCUGGAACAGCAUCACGGACACUCACAGAGCCUUGGAAACAAAAGAUCAUUUUUUUCCGUAUUAUUAGACUUGGGAAUUGAAGAUAUUUAAAUAAAGAAACUGUAUGAAGUUAGCAUUUCUAGUAAAAUAUUGAAGUAUUUUCAUGCUGAUGCUUCUGUAUAUGCGUUCUGAAGUAUUUAAAAAAUACAACUGUAAAACUCCUUUUGCAGGUCCUUUUUACUUAUUUUGCUAUCAGUGUAUUUUUCUCAUGGAAUUUUUUGUGCAAGGUUUAGCAUAAACCAUAACAGUGGAUAUCUUUGAAAGUUUGGGUUUCAUUAUUUAAAGAGAUUAUUUUGUGGUUUUCUUUCUUUUUUUUCAUUUUGGAUUCUUUUUUAAAGAAAAAAGCAAAUAAAUAUUCUGGGGUUUGUUUCUUGUCAGUACAGAUAAUAUGCCAAAAAGAUAACUUUACAUUUUUUGUACUGCAUUUUUAUUGUUAAAGGUAUGUAACAUGAUUUAAAAUUCUUUUUCUUUUUUUUUUUUUUUUUUCUUGUAGAAAUAUCUGCUGAAACGGUACAGGAAAAAAAACUGCCUCAAGGGGUUGUUUCUCAAACUGGAGACUCGAACUUAAGACUUCUGGGGGAGGGACAGGGCAUGGAAAAUUAAAAGGGUUUGGGGGGAUUUUGUUUCUGGAAAUUUGCUUCCUUUUUAACAUUUUGUUGGAUUUUAGCAUAUUUGGGAAGUGUUUAGCAUUAGCCUGAGAAAAUCCCAGUUCACCUGCUUGUUUCACUAGCUGGUCUUCCUGAUUCUGCAAGGUCCUGCCUGGCCCCCAGGGCCCCUGGAAAAGUGGUGAUGGACACCUCAGUUUUCUCAACUGACACUCCCCAGUGCCAUUUUUCUGUCUUUUUAAGUUCCCCAUCAAUUAGCACAACAGGUACUUAUGGAAAGCAACCAGAGCAGGACACAAGGCUAGUCUCUCAUAUCAGCAUAUCACAUGGUGCCGAAUAGCUUUUUUUGUUUUUAAUUUAAAAAAUAAACACAUGAGGGACUGGCUGUUUCUGUUGCCCAUCACUAGGCAGCACAUAGUCCCUUCAACCAUUUUCACAACUCCGGGAGAAACUGUGCAGUACUAUACAAAUCUAUUUUAAUACACAACACUCGAUUGAACAAGAUUUUUAUAUUCUUUUAUUGAUGAACAAAGUGAACUAAGUAAAACACAGUUGUUAUACAUUGGUUAAUGUAUGCUAAUUAUGCAUUCUGAGUGGCUUGCAAUGUAAAUGUUUUUAGGUUUAAUGAUUUUUUUUUUCCUUCUCAGACAAAUUUAAAAAAAAGGAAAAGUGUGGAAGGUUGAAUAUGUGAAGAAUUUCUGAAGAACUGUCUUCAACUGUUAAAAGUAGUUAUUUUGAAAAGGGGACUGUCCAGUGGAUAGUGUGCAUAGAAAAAAAAGUGUUUGUCUUAAAUAUGCCAAUGUAGUUAUACUUCUUUAUGAUGCAUUAAACUUGACUGACAAUUUC